AUGGACUUGAUCACGAGCAUGGUAGCAGAGAAGCCAGUGGUAAUAUUCAGCAAGAGCAGCUGUUGCUUAAGCUACUCCAUUAAGUCACUGAUUAGUGGUUUUGGGGCGAAUGCUACUGUGUAUGAGAUUGAUCAACUAAGCAAUGGGAAGCAGAUAGAGAGGGCAUUGACUGAGUUGGGAUGUCAACCAAGCGUACCUGCUGUGUUCAUCGGGCAAAACUUCGUUGGUGGUGCCAACCAAAUCAUGAGCCUCCAUGUUCGGAACGAGUUAGUGACUCUGCUCAUGAAUGCCAAAGCCAUUUGGAUUUGGAACAAGAAGUGA